UGUGCUCUCCUGGAGGGUCUGAGGAGGAGGGAGGGCAGCAGAGUGGGCCUAUGCUUGGAGACGUCACAGGGCAUCAUAAAAGGGAUGUGAUCAGGGAGCUGGCGAGAGUGAGCCCAGGAGCCCAGCUGCCCACUCUCUGAGCGUUCACCCGGCCAGGUGGUCUCGUCACCUCAGCAGCUCCGCCAAGCUCCUGCCCAGGCCAGGACUGAGGCAAGCCUCAUGGCACUCCAGGGACCUCUUCUUCUCGCCAGGAUGAACUCACUGGUUUCUUGGCAGCUGCUGCUUUUCCUCUGUGCCAUCCACUUCGAGGAGCCAUCAGAAACGGCUCCCGUGGAGAAUCCUAGACCUGCAGGCCAGCAGCUGGGAUCCCUGGCCCUCCUGGUCCCCUGGGAGCAGAGCCUGCGCAGCGCCCAGAGGAAGCCGGCUGCAACUGCCAGGCUGAGCCGUGCGCUGUGCACACCCUCCGAGAGUCCCCAGCAGACGGGCCCGUGCGCCCCCAGCAGCCUCCAGAUCCCCGCACCCCGGAGCGAGGUGCCGCGGGAGCUGCCGCCGCCCUACUGGAACGUCUUCAGCCUGCGCUAUGGCUAGCGGGAGGCGGCACCGGGAGCCACGGCGGAGGCGCUGGGCGGGGCUGAGGGCGCAGAGAGUGGGGCACCGGAGCCCAAACACUUGGAGGUAGGGCUGCCCAUGGUCACUCGAACCUACUUCUUCCUGGGGUCUCUGGACAGUGCCCAAGGGGGAGAAAUCAGCAGGGCCCGGGCAUCCCUUGUGGGUGGAAGUGGGAGGAUCUCUUCCCAGGCUCCACCCCUUUUGUCGGGCAGGCAAUGUCACUCAACCCAAGCCAUCGGCAGCGCCUCUCCACAACACUAG